UACAUUUUGGCCCAAUUAAGUAGCUGUCCCAAUUAGCUGAAACUUCAAGGAAGUAGUUAAAAAAGGAUAUAAAAGACAAAUUACAUUUUAAUCAGUAACUAAUUAUGUAUUUAAAUUAAAUACAGAACAAUUUAGAACACGGCACUACUGUAUAUCAUUCAUAAUUGUUAUUAACUGAGGAAUUCAUGCAACUAGGUUUAGGUGUGUAAGGUGAUGAGAGGCAUUGACUGUAUGGAUAAUCAGGGGCUUUUUCCCAGGGCUGAAAUGGCUAGCACAAGAGGACGCAGUUUUAAGGUGCUUGGAAGUAGGUACAAAGGAGAUGUCGGGUUUUUUGUGCAGAGAGUGGGGAGGCGGAUACAAUGGGGUCUGGAUAGGUACAUGGAGCUUAGAAAAACUGAAGGUCAAUUAACCCAAGGUAAUUUUGAAAGUAAGUACAUAUUCGGAACAGCAUUGCGGGCCGAAGAGCCUGUAUUGUGCUAUACGUUUUCUAUGUUUCUAACAAUGAAACAAGUGUAAGGGAUGUCCCGGUAGUGUGAGAGCCAGUGAGCAUGGUUUGAUCAGAGGCCUGUGCUCAGAACUGGAGGGAAGCUGAUUUACGGCUGAUAAAAAGAAAAUGCUAGAUAGAUCAGAUCAAUGAUUCUUGGAAGACUGGUUGAGGAAGGGUCUUGGGGAGAAGGGCUGGUACUCCAAGCAUCCAGGCAUUGGCUCGUGACCACGGGCUGAUGAUGUUGGGUAUUGGGAUCUCCAUGGGGUGGUGCCACAGUAAGUCUGUGCGGUAGCAGUGCAACUCUUCCUCAUCACUGGGCCGUGAGAAGUGCUGCUGUUCCUCAGUGCAGCAGAAAAUGCAUUCUGCCACAACUCCUGCAUGUCAACAAUGCAGCACCCCCUCCGUAGAGGGUGGGUCCCAUUGCAGCAGCCCCCUCUGUACCAAAAUACAGGAAUGCAGAGAUCUCUUUAGGGAACAUGUUGGAGAACUACAUCCACCAUCUCAGAGGCAGACAGAAGUUCAGGGAGGGCAGUGAAGUAGACCACCUUGGAGAACCGGUCCACCACUGUCAUGGUCACUGUUCCAUGGAUUUUUAUGGGGUGCGGUCAGCUGAAGUUUCAGGCGGGUGGGACCCCAACUCAGCUGAGAAAUGGGUGACCAGGCUGCGCGCUCUGGCCAUCCGAGACCCUAGGGACAUCCUUCAAUGGCCAUGAUGCAGAGUGGUGAGAGAUAGGCUCAGUAGUGAGACUGAGCCUCACACAUAUAGUACAGAAAGUUGGCUGCUGCUUCACCGGAUUCUGGCAGAGCCAGCUGUGCAUGUACAGCUGCUAGGAUACGGACCGGGACAGAGAGAGUGUGCUGGAACAAGGGGCCAGAGGGAGCUUACCAGACAGAAGGCCCCUCACCUCUACCUGGUGGCACCUUCCCAGACACAGUGGGAAAUGCGUGAGUGAUCGGUGGCUCCGGGUAAGUUCUGGAGGCAUUGCUGAUGAGGGUCCUACAGCCUGAAAUGUUUCCGGGAAUGGUACUGAGGUUGUGGCUGAUUGUCUGGAGGGUCAUUCCAUGAAAUGCUUGUCAGUUCAAACGGCCAGAGGGAUGAGGCUUUUGAGAUCAGUGAGCAUUUUUUGGGUAAACAGCUCGUCUUUCAAACUCUCUGAGAGGCCGUGAUGACAAUGGGCCACCAGGGCCCAUGAUGACAUUCCAGCCAGGGCCCUGAAUUCUGCGGCGUUAUCCACCAAAUGUGAGCAUUGACACAGGCAAUGUAUCCCACCGCUGCCUCCCUCCACUACCCAGAUGGUCAAAACCCCGGCACAUCUCAGCGACGCAUUCCUCCUUUUUCGUUGAAACGGUUUAUUGUCCCAGUGAGCGGCAAACCAGAUCAGAGCUCGCCCAGUCAAAUGAGAAAUGACAAAGGCAAUCUUGGCUGGAGCUUGAAGUGGGUAAGAUGCCCUGGGACAGGAGGUUGCAGCAUUGGGCUGGUUUUGGGCACUGGAAUCCAGGGCUCCAAAGAAGGAGGUUAGCUGGCACAGGGUUGCUGUACUGACAGAGAGCUUGUUGAGAGUGACGAGCAGAUAGUCAAUGACUUCCUGCUGUUUCUGGAUUGUGCGCUCAUGUCAAUGGGCGUCUUCCUUUAGGCAAGCAAACUCUACUGGGUCAAUCGCUGGUUCAUUCAUCCCAUGGGUAUUGAAAGGCUUGACCCAAACACAAAGCAGCAAAGAUGAUUUAUCGGUGAGCAACAACUUUAAUAAUAAUUGCAAAAUGAUAUAGUCACAAGGGGCCAGAAAACCAGAGAGGACAGAUACUUAGCAUGACAAGGUAACUGAAGGCUAGAAGAAUCUGGUUGAGGCUGGCUGGCUCAAUGGGUGAACAAGGGCUGUGGCUGAGAAAUGGGUUCAAAUAGGCUGCAGGUGAUGAGUGGCAGAUAACUCCUGUUGACUGAGUGGAGUCUGGGAGGAUGGGCCAAGGGGCCUGUUUUCAGAAUAUUGAUAGUGCAGUAUUGGCCCAGUAGGGCACAAACACCACAGCAACGUGUGGACAGUUCUGAGACCUGGACCACCAACUCAAAGCACUAGAGGAAUAACACCCACAAAUCUUUCCUAAUCCCUUGGAAGAGUCAGUGUGGCAACAUUAACGUCCUGUCCCAGGCCGACACCCCAUGUCACAGCCCAGCUACCCUCUGUGGGGCAGGCCACACGGUUCAAAUUCCAGGCAUCACAUUCUGACUGAUUCCCAGUUCUGUCAUGGGAUUAUGUUAUGAGAAAGAAAGAUUUAUGGAUUCACAGAGAAAUGCAGCAGUCUCAAUGAUUUCAAGAACCUCUGGAAACCUCUGACCCAAGACCAUCAAAGUGGAGGUGGAGUAUUUGGUUUGGCACUGGGAUCCGGUUACCAGCUGAUGCAAUCACGGCUGUGUAAAUGGAAAAGGAAUGUAUCAUCACCUGAAAUGCCCAUCACUCCAACAGGUACCUGCUCCAACCUGCUCCUUCACCCGUGGCAGAACCUGAGGAGCCCUCAACAACCUCAUCGUUCAUCUCAGAAGUAAAGUUGUUCUUGGACCAAAGGAUCACAUGACGCUCCCUCAGUAAUGCAGCAGCCUCCUUCACGGACUAUGCACGCAAACUGCUGGAAGAACUUAGCAGGUCGGGCAGCAUCUAUGAAGGGAAAUAAACAGCCAAUGUUCACCUGUCCUGAGGAAGACAAACUUUAUAACUUACUGGAAUUAAUCUGAUGUAGGGCAGCUGAAGAGGUUAAACCCACGGAGCAAUUAAUAACCAGUAAUAACAACAAUAUUGAUCCUAAUCCUUCAAAUGUCAUCGCUGCUGAAAGAUAUUAUUAAACCUUCAACUCCGUACUGCUGAUUUGCAUGAUAAUAUGCAAUGACAUUUCCACUUUUCUUUUCAGCUAUUGAAUUAGAGAUUCUAAUAAAGGAAAACCAUGUUUUGCUUCUAAUCUUGUCAUGUUGCUGCAUUAAAAAUGCAAUAAAGCAGCAGCUUCUGCCAUCACCCCCCCGAAUCCAUGGGGACAACCUCGUACACAGGAAAUGAGAAGUGAGGCAGCAGGAUAUUGUGUUCAGGACCAAGGAUGAGCUGCAAUGAAUUGGCUGUUGGCUCCUGGGAGCAAAGAGUACAGCAGCUUGGGUCCUCCAUAACUCAUGCCCAAGGCAAUCCCCCUCAGCUCAGCUUGCAGGACAUUGUCACCUGGUUCAGGCUGCCUCAGGCCUGCUAGCUGGCACGUUAGUUGAUCUUUGUUAAUGAUUCCCUGUAUUCUGUGGCGGCCAUCGCACAGUUAAUUCUGACGGGUGCAUAAAUGAGGAGCACGGCCUUUAAACCAAUAUUCAUUCUGCUUUAAUGUUUUUGUGAAUGCUUCCAGGAAAAUAAUCAGAAUCAGCUUUAAUAUCACUGGUCUAUGUUGUAAAAGUUGUUUUGCAGUAGCAGUACGGUGCAAUACAUAAUAUUUUAAAAACUACAAAUUGCAAUAAAAUAUAUAUAAUUAAUCAAAUAAGUAGUGCAAAAAUAGAGUGGUAAAGAAAGAGUGAGGUGGCGUUCAUGGGUUCAUUGUCCAUUCGGAAACCUGAUGGUGGGGGAGAAGAAACUGCUGAGGAAACAUUGAGUGUGUUUCUUCAGGCUCCUGUACCUCCUGCUUGAUGGUAGCAACGAGAAGAAGGUAUGUCCUGGUAAGAACCCCCCACCAUGAGGCAUUGCCUUUUUGAAGGUGUCCUCAAUGCUGGGGAGGCUCGUGCUCAUGAUGGAGCUAGCUGAGUUUACGACUGUCUGUAGCUUUUUCCAUUCCUGUGCAGUGGCCCCUCUGUAUCAGACGGUGAUGCAACCAGUUCAAAUGCUCAGCGUGGUACAUCUGUAGAAAAUGGCUGAAGUAUUUGGUGGCAUUCCCAAAUCUCGUCAAACUCAGAAUGAAAUAUAGCUGCUGUCAUGCCUCCUUUGUAAUUGCAUCAAUAUGUUCGGCCAGGAUAGAUCUUCAGAGAUGUUGACAAUCCUGAACUUGAAACUGCUCCUUUCCACUGCUGCUCCCUUGAUGAGGACCAGUGUGUGUUCCUCCAGCUUCCCCUUCUAGAGGUCCUCAAUCAAUUCCCUGGUCUUACUGACUGUUGUUACGACACCACUCAACCAGCUGAUCUGUCUCGCUCCUGUAUGUCUCCUCAUCACCAUUUGAGCUGUGCUUAGCCACACAGUUGAGGGUGUAGAGAGAACAGAGCAGUGGGUUAAGGGUUAAGCAUGCAUUCUUGAAAUGCGGUGUUGAUUGUCAGUGAGGAAGAGAUGUUAUUGUUGUUUCCCGGUGAGGAAAUCAAGGAUCCAGGUGCAGAGGGGCUUUCAGAGGCCGAAGAUUUGGAACUUGUUGAUAGUAUUGAAGGUAUGAUUGACAUCAAUGCUGAGCUGUAAUCAAUAAACAGUAGCUUGGCAUAGGUAUUGCUAUUGUCCAGGUGAUCCAAGGCCAAGUGAAGACCCAGUGAGAUUGCAUCUGCUGUAGACCUAUUGUGGCCAUAGGCACAUAGCAGUGGGUCCAGGUUCUUGCUUGGGCAAGAGUUGAUUCUGGCCAUGACCAACCUCUCAAAACAGAUAAUCACAGCCGAUGUGAAUCCAAUUGGGCAAUAGUCAUUGAGACAGCUCCCCCUGCUCUCCUUGGGCUCUGGUAUGAUUGGUGGAUGUUGAAGCAGGUGGGAACUUCCAACUGUAGCAAUGGGAAAUUGAUAAUGUACUUGCAUACUCCUGCCAGUAGGUAUUCAGUGCCCUACCCAGUACACCAGCAGACUCUGACACCUUUUGAGGGUUCACUGUCUUGAAAGGUGUUCUGACAUCGGCCUCUAAGAUAGAUGCUCCAGGGAUUCGCACAGGUGUAGCUUUGUUCUCCUUUUCAAAAUGUGAAUAAAAGGAGUUGAACUCACCAGGGAGUGAAGAUGAUAUUAGGUAAUGGCCUGCAAACUCUGCCAGAGCUGUUGUGUAUCGGAUUCCAUCUCCAACUCAAUCAGAAUUGUUUUUUCAGCUUAAAAUAGCUUUCUGUAGGUCAUACCUGGACUAUUUGUAUAUUUCUAGAUUACUGGUCUUGAAAACCGCAGAUCCAGCCCUCAGCAGACUAUGAAUCUCCUGGUUAAUCCACAGCUUUUGGUUUAGAUAUGUGUGGAAUCUUCUCAAAGGCACGCAUUCAUCCACACACAUCUUGAUGAAGUCAGUGACAACUGUGGUGUAUCAUUCAGAUUCGAAGUUGAGUCCCUGAAUAUUGUCCAGUCCACCAACUCAAUGCACUUCUGUAAGUGCUCCUCCAGUGCCCUUGACAAUGCCUUCUUGGUCCUCACCACUGAUAGCCUCUGCCAAUAUGCCAGGAGUAGAACAGCCAGGUGGUUGGACUUUCCAAAGUGUGAACAUGGGGUGGUACGGUAAGCAUACUUCAUGGUGGUUUAACAAUGGUCAAGUAUGUUUGACUCCUCUAGUUCCACAGGUCAUUUGUUGGUGGUAGUUGUUCAGAAACUUUUUCAAACUGACCUGUUUGAAAUCUCUCACAAUGAAAGGGAAGGCGUCAAGGUGCGUUGUUUUAAAACCAUAAGGUGCUGGAACAGAAUUAGGCCAUCUAGACCAUCGAGUCUGCUCUGCCAUUUCAUUAUGGCUGAUCCAAUUUUCCUCUCAGCCCCAAUCUCCUGGCUUCUCCCCUUAUCCCUUCACGCUCUGACCAAUCAAGAAUCUAUCCACCUCUGCCUUAAGUACACAGAAAGACGACCUCCUGAGCUGGCCAUGACAAAGAAUUUCACAGAUUCACCACUCUCUGGCUAAAGAAACUCCUCCUCAUCUCUGUUUUAAAAGGACACCCCUCUAUUCCGAGGCUGUGUCCUUUGGUCUUAGGCUCUCCCAGCAUAGAAAACAUCCUUUCCAUAUCCACUCUAUCAAGGCCUUUCACCAUUCAAUAGGUUUCAAUGAGAUCACCCCUCAUUCUUCUGAAUUCUAGUAAAUACAGGCCCAGAGCCAUCAAACGCUCUUCUUAUGACAAACUACUCAAUCCUGGAAUCACUUCCAUCAAUCUCCUUUGAACCCUCUCCAGUUUCAGCACAUCCUUUCUAAGAUAAGGGGCCCAAAACUGCUCACAAUACUCCAAGUGAGGCCUCACCAGUGUUUUAUAAAGUUUCAACAUUAUAUCCUUGCCUUUAUAUUCUAGUCCCCUCGAAAUUAAUUCUAACAUCGAAUUUGCCUUCCGCACCACAGACGCAAAUUAGCCUUUAAGGAAUUCUGCACAAGGACUCCCAAGUCCCUUUGCACCUCAUUUUUUGUAUUUUCUCCUCAUUUAGAAAAUGGUCAACCCUUUCAAUUCUUCUACCAAAGUGCAUGACCAUCCACUUUCCGACACAGUAUUCCAUCUGCCAGUUUUUUGCCCAUUCUCCUAAUCUGUCUGUCCUUUUGUAGCCUCUCUUCUUCAUCAAAGCUACCUAGCUCUCCACCUAUCUUCAUAUCAUCUGCAAACUUUGCAACAAAGCCAUCAAUUUCAUCAUCCAUGACAUAUAACAUAAAAAGAAUCAGUCCCAACAGAGAUCCCUGUGGAACACCACUAGUCACCUGCAGCCAGUCAGAAAAGGCUCCCUUUAUUCCCACUCUUUGCCUCCUGCCAAUCAGCCACUGCUUUAUCCAAGCUAGUAUCUUUCCUGUGGCUUUUCCAUGGGCUCAUAGCUUGUUAAGCAGCCUCAUGUGUGGCACCUUUUCAAAGACCAUCUGAAUAUUCAAGUACCCAACAUCAACCGAUUCUCCUUUGUCUAUCCUGCUUGUUAUUUCUUCAAAGAAUUCCAACAGAUUAGUCAGAGAAGAUUUUCCUGUGAGGAAACCAUGUGGACUAUGACCUUUUUUUUAAUGUGCCUCCAAGUACCCAGAGACCUCAUUCUAAAUAAUCGACUCCAACAUCUUCCCAACCGUUGAAUUCAGACCAGCUGGCCUAUAGUUUCCUCUCUUCUGCCUCACUCCCUUCUUGAGGAGUGGAGUGACAUUGCAAUUUUCCAGUCUUCUGGAACAGCCCAGAGUCUAGUGAUUCUUGAAAGAUCAUUACUAAUGCCUCAACAAUCUCUUCAGCCACCUCUUUCAGAACCCUGGGUGUACAGCUUCUGGUUCAGGUGACUUAUCCACAAAGUACCUUCAGACCUUUCAGUUUCCCAAGAGUCUUCUCCGUAGAAAUGGUAACUUCACACACUUCACAAUCCCUGACACCUGGUAAUUCCACUGUACUGCUCGUGUCUUCCACCGUGAAGACUGAUGCAAAAUACUCAUUCAGUUCAUCUACCAUUUUGUUGACCCCAUUACCACUCCAGAGUUCAAUAACCGCUCUCACCUCUCUUUUACACUUUAUGUCUUUGUAUUUUGUGGCUGUGGGUCAUGGUGCUCAGCUCCUCCAGUGCCUGCCUGACAUUGGCUUGAGGUGGAGUGUUCACCAUGACCAGAUAAUGGCAGAAAACUCCCGCAGCAGAUAAAAUGGAUGACACAACCACGAGAUAUUCCAGGUCGGGUGCGCAGGACUGGCAGAAUUACCAUGUCUGUGCACCACGAUGGAUUUAUCACAAAGCAUACUCCACCUCCUCUACCAUUAAAAGACUGAGCUGCCAUGUUUUUGCAGAGUGUUGGAGCCAUUGGCUGCGGCACUCCAUCCAAAAUAUUUCCGUGAAACAAAGCUGUGUGUGAUGUCCCUCUGGUACUGGAAUCUUGCUCUGAGGUCUUCCAUUUUAUUUGUAGACUUUGUACUUUCAUCAGCAAGUUAGUCGGGGGCCCAAAACCUUAGUGCUUGAAUCAUACCUGCAGACCCACUUGGCUUCAGCACUUACAUUUUCUUAAAGGGAAUCUGCACUUGCGACAGAAGUCUGCUGUCCAGGAUCUGCUGAUAAAGCCUAGAUUUGAGUAUCGAUAAUUUUUUUACAAAUAUUAACAUGCGGUCGUUUACUGACAUACAUAUAGAUCUGUCUGUGGUUUAUAGCUGUACUAGUCCUAAGCUGGAAUAUUUGAUUAUUCACAUCCGAGCUGCAUGCAAAGAGUCGCUAUGCAUCGGUGCCACCUUGAGACAAACUUGAAUAAAUCUUGUGGUGACAGUUGUUACACAUGAAAUCUGUUUUAAGCUAACAAGGAACAAGGAUUUCUUUAAUUAUGUGGCAUGAAAGCAAUUCUCCCUUUAAACUUGAAUCAUGUGGCCUCCUCAGUCAUUUCAGAUCGCAGUUAAAAAUCAACUUCAACACCAUGGUCUUGAGUCACUUAGCAAGCAGAUAGCAUGUCUCCUUCUCCAGCUCAGACUCUUCGUCACCAAAUGCAGCGGCUGCGGCAGGGCGAUCGGCCGCUCUGAGCUCAUCCUGCGGGCGCUGGGCAGCGUCUACCACGUGGACUGCUUCCUUUGCUGUGCGUGUGAGCGGCCCCUACGGCGGGGCGACGAGUUUGUGCUGAAAGAGGGGCAACUGCUCUGUCGCGGCGACUAUGAGAAAGAACAGGAAAUGCUGAGUGGAAUCAGUCCAGGCCGCACUGAACCAGUGAAAAGUGGAGACGAGGAUGACAGACAACUCGGCCAGAGCCUCGACAAGGACAAUGGUGAAAGUGAAGUGCGCCUAAGGUCCAAACGCCCGCGGACUAUCCUCACCACUCAGCAGCGACGGGCCUUCAAGGCUUCCUUUGAGGUGUCCUCCAAACCCUGUAGGAAGGUCAGGGAGACCCUCGCUGCAGAAACCGGCCUCACAGUGCGGGUUGUACAAGUCUGGUUCCAGAACCAAAGAGCCAAGAUGAAGAAACUUGCUCGAAGGCAGCAGCAGCUGGAACAAGAGCGGCUGAACAACCAGCACCUUGGCUCACUAUGUCGCUCGAAUCGAGGGACAAGGCACAAGGACAGUGAAGAUGUGGCGAGUGCCCCUGGGAUGAAAAGGAUGAUGGCUUCCUAUUCCUCUCUGCAGCACCAACAGCCGAGGUCCAUCGAUGAGAGCAGCUACAGCGUGGACCACUUCAGCCAGAGUCUCACCCCAUCACCAGAUUCGGAGGCAGUCUUUCAUAGCAUGGAUCGUGAUGGUUCACACAGUCUCCUGAUCGCAUCUGAAUCCAGCCUCCUACCUGCAAGAGUGGGAAACCCCAUCGACCGACUGUAUUCCAUGCAGAAUUCCUACUUCACUUCCUGAUCGGCUGCAAUCCACCAAGGAAUCUUUGCCUUCUUUACAAGUACUCGGUGGUAGAGUUGUUGUUGUUGUCACUAUUUGCCCUUUGGAGCAUUUACGUAAUAUCCGAAGCACAAGAAAAGCAGUGAUUCCACUCUCCUUGGACAACACUAGUGCAUUUUUGCUUCACACCACUACACACACACACACACACACACACACACACACACACACACAC